AUGCCAUCAGAUACAGCAUACCAAGUGGGAUUGACUCCAAAUGGAUCAGAAUGCACUUCGGAAACGGUUGACAAGCAUAAAAAGCUUUCAUUUGGAGAAUAUUGCAAAACACGAAUUACCACGCUCAAACCGCCCAUGAAAAAAGCCGAUAAUCCGUUCAAGGUACUGGCAUUACUUAAUCGUAUGCAGUGGCUCAAUUUUCUAGUGGCUUUUGUCGCGUGGUCUUGGGACGCCUUUGAUUUCUUCACCGUCUCCAUGACGUUAUCAGAUCUCGCAGAAACCUUUGAUAAAACCAAGACCGAGAUUACGUGGGGUAUUACACUUGUGCUUAUGUUGCGCUCCGUGGGAUCCAUUAUCUUCGGUAUCGCUUCUGAUCGAUGGGGUCGCAAGUGGCCUUUUGUGGUGAACAACGUUUUAUUCAUCGUUCUGGAACUAGCCACUGGUUUCUGCCAGACCUACACGCAGUUUCUGUGGAUCCGUGCGCUCUUUGGAAUUGCCAUGGGUGGCCUGUACGGCAACGUUGCUGCUACAGCUCUUGAAGACUGUCCUCCGGCAGCUCGCGGUAUUGUUUCUGGCAUGAUGCAGCAAGGAUACGCUUUCGGCUACCUGUUGGCUGUUGUAUUUGCUCGCGCUCUCGUCAAUACCACGAGUCAUGGCUGGCGUCCACUCUUUUGGUUUGGAGCUUGUCCGCCGGUCUUCAUCAUCAUAUUCCGCCUGUUCUUACCAGAGACCAAGGUGUUUCAGGAACGUCAACGUGUGCGCGAAGCGAGUGACAACAUGACCCGGACUUUUGUGACUGAAGGUAAGAUUGUAUUGAAGCGCCACUGGCUACUGCUUUGCUACAUGGUUCUCCUCAUGGCGGGAUUUAAUUUCAUGUCUCACGGUUCACAGGACCUGUACCCGACAAUGCUGGAGAAUCAAUUAGAGUUUAACCCCAAUCAGGUCACCGUGACUCAGGUCGUAGCCAACCUAGGCGCCAUUUGCGGCGGGACCGUGGUGGGUUACUACUCGCAGGUCUUUGGUCGUCGCUUGUCGAUCCUCGUCAUGACAGCCAUUGGUGCUGCUCUCUUGUACCCAUACUGCUACGUCAAUGAUGAGACUAUUAUGACCGCUGCAUUCUUUCAGCAGUUCUGCGUUCAAGGUGCUUGGGGUGUCAUUCCAAUCCAUCUUAUGGAGCUGUCCCCUCCAUCCUACAGUGCUUUUGUCGUUGGUACGGCCUAUCAACUCGGUAAUCUGGCAUCGUCGGCAUCGUCAACCAUUGAGGCUUCUCUUGGAGAGCACUUCCCGCUGCCGGACGGUGAGGACGGGGUAAGCCGAUACCAGUAUGGCAAAGUCAUCUGCGUAUUUCUGGGCGUUGUAUAUGUCUAUGUGUUUCUGCUGACGCUUAUUGGGCCUGAGGCUCGCGGCAAGGAUUUUGGUGCGAAACACGACCAGGAUCUCGAAGAUGCUGCUCAUGUUAAUCACGACGAUCUUGAGAAGAUUUUGUACGAGAGUGGCUUGACUCCCACCGAAGAGAAGCCCAUGAAAAGUCAUGCAUUUGAAUAA